UCCUGGUCCGUCACCACCUUCCUCUACGUCUUCAUCAGUGUACUGGUGGCCAUUGUCUUCAUCGCUCUCUAUGUUACCAUACCAGCCUGUCACAGGUGAUUGCUCAGACUUCUCAAAGUGUUUUUAUUGUUUUUCUACCAUUUUAAUUCGCCCUUGUGUUAUUACUAAUGUUAAACUACAGGUAACUGCCAAAAUAAUGGAAACACUUGAGUAAAUGAGGGAUACAAAGUUUAUUGAAAGUCGGUGCUUCCAUACAGGUGUGGUUCCUGAGUUAAUUAAGCAAUUAACAUCCCAUCAUGCGUAGCGUCAUGUAUAAAAAUGCUGGGCAGGCCAUUAUUUGGGCUGCCAUAGCUAUGCCCCCAUAGGAUGACAAUGCCCCAUCCACAGGCCAUGAGUGGUCACUGAAUGGUUUGAUGAGCAUGAAAACAAUGUAAACCAUAUGCCAUGGCCGUUUCAGUCACCAGAUCUCAACCCAAUUGAACACUUAUAGGAGAUUCUGGGACGGCACCUGAGACAGCGUUUUCCACCACCAUCAAUAAAACACCAAAUUAUGUAAUUUCUCAUGGAAGAAUGGCGUCGCAUCCCUCCAAUAGAGCUCCAGACACUUGUAGAAUCUAUGCCAAGGUGCAUUGAAGCUGUUCUGGCUCUGGCUCAACACCCUAUUAAGAAACUUUAUGUUGGUGUUUCCUUCAUUUUGGCAGUUACCUGUCAUUCUAUUCAUUCAUCCAUCCAUUGAUUCAUUCAUUCCUUUUCUGGCUGUAGGAGGGUAGUCCUGUGGGAGUUGUCUGUCCCGUCGCCCCUCAAGAGCAAGGUACUGCAAGAGGUCAUUAAGGUACGUCUGAAUACAUCUGAAUGACUGAGUAUUCAUCCAGCAUUAUUCACAAAGCAUCUCGCUGUGGACUAUUCAGCUAUUGAAUAUAUGACAACUGCACUCAAUAAUAAUAAUAAUAAUAAUAAUAAUAAUAAUGAUAGUUUUAAAAUCGACUAGACUGUGCACAAAGAUUUUUUUUCAUAACCACUAUAAAUUACAAUGGAUGUAUUCAGGGCUGUGCACAGACCUUUCAGAGGGCAGGUGCUCAAAAUGAAAAAAAGGGCAAUUCAUAUCUCGAAAUUCAUAACAUACUAACUGCCUCUGUAGCAAACAUUUAAACAUGUUUUAGCAUUGGCCUAUUUAUUUCUGCAACAACACACUCACUCAUCAAAAACUGUAAGAAAGCUAGUGACAGUGCCUCUAAAAGACUGAUAUCAGGAAGAGAGGGUGGGCUAUCAGCUGAUCAUUAAUGUUGAUUGAUGUAAAUCUGCUAGUUAGCUAGCUCAAUGUUUGUAUUUUUUUUUUUUACAGAGUUUACCUUUAUAAUAAAGCAUUGCAUAUCAUCGCAUUUGCGUUUUGGAACAGAGCAGUAGAGUAGAGGCGCUUACAGAAGUUGCACACAUGGGGACCAUGUGCUUCGUGGUUCAGAACAACAACGACUAAAACUGUAUACAAACAUAUAUAUACUGCCACCCAAAAGGGGAGUGGGAGGGCACAGGUAGACCCCUAUCUGUGCACUUGCCUGCAUGUAUCCAUCUUUCAUAGUUCAUCACUCACAGAUGAUGGUAUGUCCUCUCUUUCCCAGAAGUCUCCUGAUAGGUUGUUAUUCCCCGAGAGUGAGAGAAGUGAGCAGACCUAUAUCUGCAGCAUACAGACACUGGAGGGCAGGGAGGAUAUCAGUCUCUGCUGUAGCUGGUAAAACUGGCUCAUAUCUUCAUACUUCUAACCUACACUGUCCAACACUUAUAAAAUGUAACUCAUACACACAGUGACCUGGCUCAACCCUAACCCUAACCCUAGCCUCAACCCAAACCAUUACAACAGCCCUAACCCUUACCUCACUCUGUUGUGUUGCAGCUCUUCAGAUAAUCCAUUGUGGUUGACCCCAGAUGUAGAGGCCAAUGGACUGUUCCAUUCCAUUACCAAGGAUGGGUGGAAGAAGUAUGACCCAAACUCUUCCUCCCUACAUCUGUUGUCUGUGGGCAGAUCUUGCCCUCCUGCUCUAGACUCAUCUGGCUUCAGCUUCAGUGGCCCUUAUAUCUUGUGUGGUGACAGUUCACCAGCGCCGAGUGCGUUUAUGAGUCUGGAGCCUCCCUGUGAGGAGUCCGACAACACUCUCUCUAACUCUGAACCCCCUUCUCCCUCCUCCUCGGAGAGGACUGCCCCAUCCCUCUUGGAGUCGAGUGAGGGCUACGUGGCGAUGCCUCAGGUCAGUGCUGGCCUGUCCAGAUCAACAGAAGUGUCUGAUGGUCUUACGAGAGCUGUAGUAGCAGACUACAGUAAGAACACUGGUAACAACUACGGCAACAACAACAUCAUGGCAUGGCCCAAGUCAGAGCUCCACCCACCCCGACCUAGCUCUACGUCCAACGGCUCACUACCAAGUGAGAAUGAAGACCCUCCUCCAGCGUACAAGCCCCCCACCACCACCACCCCCUUCAACUUGCCCCCAGUGGGCCCUACCCUACACACCUCUGGGUACUGCUUCCUCCCAGCCCUACAGGCACUUGGGGGCUGGGGCCAUGUGCUUUCCUCUGGACCUCCUAAAGGGGGCAGUCAAGAGCAGCAAGCCUGGAGGAAAGAGAGGGGGCAGGGGGAGCAGUGCAAGGAGGAUCCCUACGUCAGACUGUCCCAGCUAGCCACUUAA